CUUGCUGUCUGCUAAGAAAGCGGCAGGAGAAAGGCCAAAACCCAUCAAAUAGAAAUAAAAUCUUAGUGAGCAUGAACUGGCGGGAGAGGGCACUAAAAAGAGUGCGUUGUGUCAUUGACAUGACUCAGCCGGUAGAUGAGUGGAGACCACUUUCUGAUCUCUUCUUCCUCAAACGUCCAACCAAAUGUAGGAAGCUGUCCCUGCAGCAGAACCACCCAUUAAUGGCACCAUCAAUUCUAAAUCUAAACCACGUGCUCCCAACCAAAACAAGAAAAAUGAAUGCUAGAAAGAGACUUUCCCUUGAAGAGACUUCUCAAUCUCUUUCAAACACUUGGCUUCCUUCUUUUCUCUCCUAUGGCACCACCUUCUUUGGAUAGUGGUCACCCUGGCUUGAUGUCAAUGGGCACUCAGGAUAGAAGAGAAAACUUUGAGUCAACGGCUGCAGUGAAGUUGCAGAAGGUUUACAGGAGUUAUCGCACCCGGCGCAGGCUAGCAGACUCGGCUGUGGUUGCUGAAGAGCUCUGGUGGCAAGCUAUAGACUUCGCAAGGCUAAAUCACAGCACAGUUUCUUUCUUCAAUUUUCACAAAGCAGAAACAGCUGCCUCGCGGUGGAGUAGGAUCAGCCUGAUUGCUUCCAAGGUUGGAAAGGGAUUGUGUAAAGACACAAAGGCACGGAAAUUAGCUUUCCAACAUUGGAUUGAAGCUAUUGAUCCAAGACAUCGUUAUGGUCGGAAUCUGAACUUCUACUAUGAAGAGUGGUGCAAAGGUGAUGCACGGCAGCCAUUUUUCUAUUGGUUGGAUAUUGGAGAAGGCAAAGAGGUUGAUCUCAGAGUUUGCCCAAGAUCAAGGCUCCGACAAGAAUGCAUUAAAUAUCUUGGACCGCAAGAGAGGGAAUACUAUGAAUACAUAAUUGCUGAAGGGAUGAUGGUACAUAAACAAACUGGAAACCUCCUUCAUACAAAUCAAGGAUUGCAAGGUUCAAAGUGGAUUUUUGUUAUGAGUACCUCGAGAAAGCUUUAUGGUGGCGAGAAAAAGAAGGGGUUAUUUCAUCAUUCCAGCUUCCUUGCUGGAGGGGCCACUUUGGCCGCUGGAAGACUUGAGGCAGAACAUGGCAAGCUCAAGUCUGUGUCUGCAUAUAGUGGACAUUACCGUCCAACUGAUGAGAACCUUGGCAGCUUCCUAGCCUUCCUCAAGGAGAAUGGGAUCAGCCUAGAUGAACUUCAGGUUCUUUCCCCUGUUGACGAUCAUGAGAGCUAUGAUACCAGCACAUCAGUUCAAGAAGGAAGUGACCUUGAAAGAAGAAGCAGUUAUAAGAGAACCUUGUCCAGUAAUCUCCAAAGCUCCAAAAGAAGCGUCCCAAAGAAAGAGAUAUUGCAGAGGAUCAACUCGAAAAAGGAAGCAUGUUCUUAUCAACUAGGGCAUCAACUGUCCUUAAAAUGGUCAACAGGAGCAGGCCCAAGAAUAGGUUGUGUAGCAGACUACCCUCUGGAACUAAGGCUACAAUCCCUUAAGUUUGUUAACCUCUCACCAGGGGAUCCUCCCGCAGCAUCAGUCUCUACAUUUCCCUCCAAUCUCACUUCAAUCACAUCUUUCUGUGUGGUAAUGUGACCAGAUUGACUCUUUCUCAGAAGGUAUUUAACAAGUCAGCAUCAAUUUUGAAUUUUCAAAUUUCUAUACACAUGAAGACCUCUUUCGAUAUCAUCUAAUCUAAUGCCAUUAUCUAUCAUCUCAGAUGAUCAUGGAUUCAGGUGCCUUGUUUUCACACAUGUAAAUGACUUUGGUAUAUUUUAUGCAGUAUGACCAAUUACUCCUUAUAUUUAAUACCCCCAGCUUAGUCUCCUGGGUGCAAUAAGAACAUGGCCCCGGGUACAUAUCUGGAAUCAAACAAUUGCUCUGUCAGCAUCCAAACCCUGCUGGAAAGUGGUGGUUUCUUGGAGUUGUGCACAAGGAUUUGCAGAAAAGUAUGCAUUUUGUCACAUUGUAAGCCAGUGUAAAAUUUGAUAGAUUACUGUAUGGGGUGCAUGAACCAUCAAUAGCCUCGAACUUGGACCCCACUUCAUGUAUCUAUCUCCCCUUCCCAUUCGAGCUCCUCAAGUUCAGUCCACAACUUGAGGGAAUCUUAAGGAAGGAUGAAUAUAAAUUAAUGUGCACUAAUUUAUCAA